CUCAAUAAAUGUGGUAGCUAACUAGAGAAAUUUCUUCAUUUUUUAUCCCUCCAUCCCAAAAAACAACACACACAAUAUUCAAGGAUGAUAACUGGCUAUAGAAGCAAAAUCAUAAUCAUUUCUCAUUAUAAAUUAGGAAAUGGGAAAACAAUUUCAUCCAAAGAUGCAAUUUUCCAAAGACAUGUAGAGUAAGAUGCAGCCAUAGUACCACUUCAUCAAUGGAUGGGUUUGAAGAUGCAAGGGAGAGAAUAAGGGAAAAUUUUGGGAAAUUAGAGCUAUCACCUUCUUCCUAUGACACAGCAUGGGUAGCUAUGGUCCCUUCAAGACAUUCACUAAAUGAGCCAUGUUUUCCACAAUGUUUAGAUUGGAUUAUUGAAAAUCAAAGAGAAGAUGGAUCUUGGGGACUAAACCCUAGCCAUCCAUUGCUUCUAAAGGACUCACUUUCUUCCACUCUUGCAUGUUUGCUUGCCCUAACCAAAUGGAGAGUUGGAGAUGAGCAAAUCAAAAGAGGUUUUGGCUUCAUUGAAACGUAUGGUUGGGCAGUAGAUAACAAGGAUCAAAUUUCACCUCUAGGAUUUGAAAUUAUAUUUUCUACUAUGAUCAAAUUUGCAGAGAAAUUAAACUUGAAUUUGCCUUUGAAUCUUGAUCUUGUAAAUUUGGUGAAUUGCAAAAAAGAUUCAACAAUUAAAAGUUCCCACUAUGUAUCCAACAAAGAUACAUUCAUUGCUUUGCUUGGUUGA